AUGUCCGCAGCUACCAUCCCUGCUCCUGCCGCUGAGCAGGACUACAAGGAGACUUUGCUUCCCUUGUUGAUGAAGAAUAACGUUCUAUCCUUUGGCUCCUUUAUCCUUAAGUCUGGCCGUGAAUCUCCUUACUUCUUCACCUCGUCUCUCCUUCACACUGCGCCUUUGCUCCGUGCCACCUCGGCGGCCUAUGCCAGUGUCUUGUCUGCCCCGCCAUUUGUAACUGUUGCGGCCGACGGUACUACCAAGCCCAACUUUGAUAUUAUCUUUGGCCCGGCCUAUAAGGGUAUUCCGGUGUGCGCCUCCGUUCUGAAUGAAUUAGCGGUGCGGGACUCUCUCUCCGCGUCCGCUAAGGGAACCUGGGACAAUGUCAGCUACUCCUUCAACCGUAAGGAGGCCAAGGACCACGGCGAAGGAGGAAACAUUGUCGGUGCUCCUCUGAAGGGAAAGCGUGUCGUCAUUGUCGACGACGUUAUCACAGCCGGAACCGCCAUCCGUGAGGCCGUGAGCAUCAUUCAGAAGGAAGGCGGUAUUGUUACCGGUAUCGUUGUCCUCCUCGAUCGUGAGGAGAGAGUCAGCGACGCUGAGCCUAAGAGUGCUAUCGGUGUUGCACAGAGGGACCUUGGUGGAAACAUCCCCAUUCGCGCGGUGAUUGGUCUUCAUGACUUGAUCGAAAAGUUGGGCGAUAGGAUCGGGGAGUCCGAGAUCCAGCGGUUGAAGGACUACAGGGCUCGCUAUGGAGCCGAAUAG